UGGAGCAAUUACCUUUUUUUGAAAAAUUUAUUAAAACAGUUUAAUUAAAACACAUUUUAACGUAAGUUUUUAUUUAAAAAAACAAAACAAGGUGCUUUGGUUAAAAUCAGAACGGUUUGUAUUGUAAUAUUCACGUGCAGCUGCUUUAGAGCUGCUUAGGCUUUCGAACUUUUCAGGCUGAAGUUUGUCGUGUUUCGUCCAGGUUCUCGUUCUGCUGCCUUUCUUUAACGGUUUGUGUUGACUGAAGUAGAGAAAUAGCGUUUUAAAAGAUGUCGGAUGAGGAUGAAGUCCCAUUGGUAAAAAAGGCUCGGAUAUUUUAUGGAAGCAUUGAAGAAAAAGAAAAGGAGCGUCUCAGUCGAGAGGGCGCCACCGCGUCUGGAAAAGAUGCAAUUAAAGCUGGAAUCGAGGCUGGCAAUAUUAACAUCUCCAGUGGUGAGUCCCUGGAAAUAGAGGAGCAUGUGAGUGAGCGGCAGGCUGAGGUACUGGCUGAAUUUGAGCGUAGAAAAAGAGCCCGACAAAUCACAGUCUCUACUGAUGACACUGAAGUCAAAGCUUGCUUGCGUAGUCUUGGAGAACCAAUUACACUGUUUGGAGAGGGCCCAGCAGAAAGACGAGAGAGGUUGAGAAAUAUUUUGUCAGUAGUGGGCCCUGAUGCUCUUAAGAAAUCCAAAAGAGAUGAUGAAAAAGCAAAACGUUCCCAAGAAGAAUCUCAGCAGACAUGGUAUCAUGAAGGCCCAGAGACUCUGAAGGAGGCACGUCUUUGGUUGGCCAAAUUUUCACUGCCCAGGGCUGUAAAGAGAUUAGAUGCUGCACAUGAACAAAAAAGAAUUCCAGAAUCAACACGUACUGUGCGACAACAAGAACUUCACAAGACUCUUAGGAAUCUGAAUAACUUUUGCAGUCAAAUUGGAGACGAUCGUCCAAUAUCCUACUGCCAGUUUAGCCCUAACUCCAAAUUAUUAGUUACUGCGUCAUGGAGCGGUUUGUGCAAACUCUGGAAUGUUCCAGACUGUAGUCUUGUCCGCACAUUAAGAGGUCACAACACCAGUGUUGGAGCUAUAACGUUUCAUCCACAAGCCACACUCACACUUCAAGAAUCAGAUGUCAACAUGGCCUCCUGUGCUGCAGAUGGAUCUGUUAAGCUUUGGAGUUUGGACAGUGAUGAGCCUGUGGCAGACAUUGAGGGACACUCUAUGAGAGUGUCUCGUGUAGCAUGGCACCCAUCUGGGCGUUUUCUGGGUACAACUUGUUAUGAUAACUCAUGGCGUCUAUGGGAUCUUGAGGUCCAGGAGGAGAUUCUUCAUCAGGAAGGCCACAGUAAAGGUGUUCAUGACUUGCACUUCCAUCCUGAUGGCUCUUUAGCUGGAACUGGUGGCCUGGAUUCUUUUGGUCGCAUAUGGGAUCUGAGGACUGGUCGCUGUGUCAUGUUUCUCGAGGGCCAUCUUAAAGAAGUCUAUGGAAUUAACUUCUCCCCAAAUGGUUUUCAUGUGGCAACGGGAAGUGGAGACAACACAUGUAAAGUAUGGGACCUGCGAAAGAGGAAGUGUAUAUACACCAUCCCUGCUCACCAAAACCUGCUGUCCUCUGUCAAGUUCCAACCUACAGAUGGCAAUUUCUUGUUGACCGGUGCAUAUGACAAUAUGGCUAAAGUGUGGACUCACCCUGGAUGGUCUCCUCUAAAGACUCUGGCAGGGCAUGAGGGCAAAGUUAUGGGGCUGGAUCUGUCACUAGAUGGACAGCUCAUUGCAACCUGCUCCUAUGACCGCACCUUCAAACUCUGGAUGUCUGACUAAGAAACUUUCAAUUGUUCAUUUGUGCUUCCGUGUUGGAUAAUAGUUUUUGGCCUUUUUUGUGUUUGUUAAAAUAUUCAGGAACUUGAAACGGCAACUUUUAUAGUAUUUUUUUUUGUCAUUUUUUUAAAAGCAUUUUUUGUGUAAUGUGUCUUUUGCUUUGUAAUUAAUCAUACUGUUCAUCAUAUCAUAGUUAAUCAUAAUCAGCUGUUCAUUCUGGAGUCUUUAUUAGCAACACAGAUUUUGAUACAUUAAACAUAAACGACUAGUGUAAUUUUAUUAAAUGUUUUCUUAUUUUAAGCUUUAAUUUCCUCCUUCAUUUUAGCACAUGAUUGCAUAUUGCAAUUAAUACCUUUUGCAAUUGGUGAUCAAAUGCCAUUAUGGUAUAUUUUUGUGGCUUUAACACCACCAGCAACAGAGCAGACAUUGUCUACAGCAUGGGCUUCUGUGUAUUCGGCGCUCUGCCAGUGCUACGUUGGGCCAGGUUGAAGGAGGCUGAUCUGGGAUUGGCAGCUUAACAAAUGAGGACUUGGUGUCCAGUGAAGGUUUGUUAGGGUUGCUUCGCUGGUUCUCCACCUCUGCUUUGACACCCAGAAAUGCAGCCAAGUCGAGGUCCAGUCCAAUGGCGCCUCCUCGAGGCAAGGGAGUAUUCUGUCUGCACUGUGGACAAGGGAUCCACAACUGAGGUGAACAAAAGACAAAAGAAAUUAAACACCUGAAAAGUUUAAAAACAUUUUCAAAUGUUAAGAAAGUGUUAACUGAUUUUAGUUUUCAGUUCAUUGCAUUUUUGUGUUAAUUCUGCAACUGCUUUAAUCGGCCUUCCUUUAAUAGGCCUUCCUUUAAUAGGAUGUCAGAGAUGAUAUCAGAGCCUAAAGUAAAUAUGCAGUGAUUAAUCACACAAUCAUUAACCAAAAAUUCUAGAAAUAUAUAUCACAAAAUGAGCCAAUCAAAGAAAUAGUUGUUUUAAAAUGUAAGUCAAAAGGACACACAGGCAGGUUAAAUGAAGAUUUAAAAUGGCCCUAGGUAUGUGUGCGUAUGUGUUUGCCCUGUGAUGGUGGCGACCUGUCCAGGAUGUUUCCUUUUGCCCAGUAAAUUGUACCCACUGCAACCCUGAUCAGGAUAAGGCGGUGGUAAAACAGACAAUGAAUAAACAAAUGAAUUUCUUUA